AUGAACGCCCUGGUCGGGUACGGCGUGUCCUCAGGCUCGGACAGCGAUGGAGAGGCGCCAGAAGAACAUGACAGGAUCAGGUCCAGUCAGGAGGUGUGUCCAGAACCUGUAAAGAGCAGGAACUUGCUUCUUGAGGCGGAUUGUGGGUCUGAGUCCAGUGAGUCAGAGGAGCUAGAAGAAGAGCAGCGUGUUCUUCAUCGUGCACCCACACGGCGGACUCUGCCGAGCCCCACACUGUCCUCUGGGCUCACUAAACUGCCACCACCCUCCCUGCAGACCUGCUCGGACACCAGUGUGUUCACAAACCCCUUCAAGGCUCAGCAGGACCAGAAACUUAGCGCCCUGCAAAAGCACGUGCCCCUGACAGAGCAGGCCCGACCCUCCCACAUCGGGGGACGCCGCGUCUGUGUGUCCUACAGGAAGGAAGGCAGAUGCAGAUUUGGCAUCAAGUGCAAGUACGCUCAUGAUAGUGACCUCCAAACCGCUCCCAUGGACUCUGUUAAGACGAGUAAAGACACUCAAACCAGAGCCUGCGGGGCUCGUGGGCCACAGGGUUCGCAACAUGACCCAGAGGAUAAGCCAGAGGUGCAUAAGAGCUUACUUGUUGGUGUUCCCACACUACAUUGUCCUCGGUCACCUCAGUCUGCUGGAGGCAGCUGCUGUUGGGAGUGGUGGAAGACAUCACUGGAUUUUCAAGAAUAA